AUGGCUCUCGCAACAGCUCAAGCAAAAUUAAGUAGUCAAGAAAAAGAAAAACUGAAUGAUUUGACGGAUCAAUUGCAGAAACUUGAAUGGGAGAAAGGCGAAUAUUUCUUUCAUAAUUUCGUCGAUUAUUAUCAAUUACCACAAAUUGUUAAAGUCGAACAAAAUUGGCAAACAGGUCUGGCGAAAGGACAAAGUCUGUAUUUACAAGCAUUGUUUGAUAGAUACAUGUUCAUUGCCACACCACUUAGUAGUAGUAGUAGUAGUAGUAGUAAGAGUUCAUCGAAACCAAAAAAUAAAUAUUUAAUUCCCGAUUGGUUUCAAGGUGAAUGUAAAAUAUUAUCAAAAACUCCUACAUUAAAAAAACGUUGGUGGAUAUUUCAAGGUGCUUUCGAAUUAUAUCGUUUUGAUUUACCACGUGAGAUUAAAAUAGUAGCCAAUACUCCGGCACAUGUAAGAACAUAUGAAAAAUUAUCAACAACACAUGAAUGGAACAAAAUUGUUUUGCGGAAAAAUGCUUGGUUAACCGUUGUUCGACGAGAAAAAUAUCAGUCGAGAGUAAAAAAUGAUAAGGGUGAAUUAAUUGCAAGCGAACCCAAAGAAGCAUUCGUACUACUGGAUAAGGAACGAAAUGAAUUUAUUGUACCACCAGGUGUUCCUCUACGUUUUGCCACAUUAAUUGAGGAAAGCGAGUUACAUAGUGAAUAUCGAAAUCAUAAAGGUUCAUUUACAUUUCCAGAGAUAAUGAUGCGUUAUGAAUUUCCCUUGGAUGUUGAAAUUACGACUCAUGUACCUGUUGAUAUACCGCAGUUUAAAACACAAUUAAGGUUAGAAAAAUUUUGUGUAGCCAAAUCAGUCAUUGCAUAUUUGUUUGGUGGUGAUACUAAAGAAGCGCAAGUACUGGAAUUAUCACCAUUGACACAAUUUACGCUUCACUGUGCAAAAUGUCUGACGUAUGGUUUGCCGCGUGAAGGUGAAUCGAAUGAAAAGGGAAAAGAAGAAAAGUUUGAUGAAAAAGAAUAUCAAACGUAUGAAAGUAUCCGUAGUCAAAUGAAUUUAUUGUUUGAUGAUGCUGCUGAAGUUUUCAAAAGUAAAAUACAAUUGGGAACACCUGAGGAGGUUGAAUGUAUUGAAGCCGCUUACGAGAUAAGCAUGGAUUUGAAAACCGAAGAAGAUCGCCCAUUGAAAGACGCCUAUUUUUCACUGGAAGAUGCCGUUAAAGUAGCCAAAGAAGCAAGCAAAGAUGAAAUACCAUUUCCAAAAUCACACCCGAAAAAGUUUACUGUUCACGCGUCAGCUGAUCCAAGUAAUCCAUAUAAUGAGGUAAUCGAUUACGAAGAAAUGGAUGCUCUAACGGAACCCAUUAACAAACAAGAAGCAAAAAAUGACAGUAAAACAAGUGAUAAAACAGCCAAAAGUGGUAGUGGAAAAUCAAGUCACAAGAGUGGCAAAACAUCGACUUCGAAACUUGAACAACCACAAAAACCAUCAAACCUGCCAUCAACAAGAGCAGCACUCGUGGUACAGCAACUACCGCCACCAGCGUCACUACCACCUGAAGCAUUUGAAAGAACGCUCAAAGCUAUCCCUGAAAUAUUAUAUACGAAUUUUAUUCCAGCAACGGUUAUAGCAAAAAAAACUGAAAAAUCUGACAAAGCUGAAAAAUCUGACAAAGCUGAAAAAUCUGACAAAACUGAAAAAUCUGACAAAACCGAAAAGUCAAAGACCGAAAAAUUAGAGAAAAAAUCAUCCAAAGCUGAUAAAGAUAAAAAAUCGUCAAAAAAAUUGCCUCUAGAAGGUGUUCGAAUACUUGAUCUAACACGAGUGUUAGCUGGUCCGUAUGCAAGUCAAGUGCUCGCUGAUAACGGUGCUAAUGUAAUCAAAGUAGAAAAGCCAGGCGGUGGUGAUGACACAAGGACAUGGGGGCCACCAUUUGUUGGUAGUCAAAGUGCUUAUUUUCUCAGUGUGAAUCGUAAUAAACGAGUAAUGUUAAUACAGAAUGGUUUUGGAAGUAAAGGUCCGUAUACUAAACGACCUGGUUAUGAUGUAAUUGUUCAGGCGAUGGGUGGACUAAUGCACAUCACCGGUCCAUCGGAUGGUGAGCCGGCAAAAACAGGUGUAGCCAUGAUAGAUAUAGCUACAGGAUUGUAUGCCGUUGGAGCAAUCUGUGCUGCAUUAUAUCACAGAGAAAAAACUGGCCAUGGAACUAGAAUUCAAGUUUCUCUGCUUGAAACACAAUUAGCCGUUCUAAGUCACAUUGCUGCAAACUAUUUAAACACAGGCAUCGAAGCCCGUCGUCAUGGAACAGCACAUGAAAGCAUCGUUCCAUACCAGCUUAUUGGUCUCGAAAAUUUGUUGACGGAUGAACUUUACAAAACAAAUAAACUGCGAGUCAAAAAUCGUCAAAAUCUUAUACAAAUGAUAGCUGAAAAAUUUAAAGAAAAACCUUUAUCAGAAUGGUUAAAUUUAUUUCAAAAUGCCAAACUUCCUUAUGGUCCAAUAAAUAAUAUGAAACAAGUAUUUAAAAAUGAGCAAGUCAAAGCAUGUGAACAAAUUCUUGAAUUCAAAAGUAAACAUCACGACAAGCCAAUUUACGUAGUAGGGCCAGCAGUCAAUUUCGACGAUAUUAAAAAAAUAGAAACAUUUCGUUAUCCACCACCGUUACUUGGUGAACACACAAAAACGGUACUUCAAGAAGAACUGAAUUAUACUGAUGAGAAAAUUAAAUAUUUGUCAGAACAGAAUAUCAUAGAAUGUGCUGAUUAA